CUUUGAAUAAGCCGGUUGUGUCGUUGGGUCGCUGCUUUGCUCGGUUUGGUGGCUCUUUCGCCUGGUUCGUUUGUUAUUGUUUGUGUGUGAAAGUAGCGGCGUGCAGCAGAAGCGAAUUGCAUAAAUUGGGAAGCUAAAGCAAAAGCCUUUAUACCUGGUGAUUUUCGAAUUUCUGGCAACGUACGGGGGUGCCAAAAUAAUUAUAUAUGUUUUCCCAACGGAUGACGCACAAAUGCGUUUUGGCCAUGUCAAUGUCCUUAUUUUCGAGAGGCACGCCCACGCCACGCGAGUGCAGAUACAGAUACGAAUCCAGCAGAUAAAGUUAUACACAUAAACGCAAUGGGAUUAGCCGAUUUCUAGCUGAGUUGAGUUAACGAAAAGAAAGAAAUUAAAAUCUAAUAAACUGCCAAUGUGUAACAUUCGGUGUAUAUAUUUCAAAAUUAAAGCAAUUUGUGUAAAAUAAACUAAGCAAAAUAAUAGAAAACUGUAUUAUGGCAUUGACCAUGAAUAUGGUGUUUCUUAAGGAUUUACGUUCGCGCCUCAAAGGAUAUCUGCACGGCGAAUACAUAAAGCAUCCCGUUCUGUACGAACUCAGUCACAAAUAUGGUUUCACAGAGAAUCUGCCCGAGAGCUGUAUGUCCAUACGGCUGGAGGAGAUUAAGGAGGCCAUUCGGCGCGAGAUUCGCAAAGAGCUGAAGAUCAAGGAGGGCGCCGAGAAGCUCCGCGAGGUGGCCAAGGAUCGUCGGUCCCUCAGCGAUGUGGCCGUUCUUGUCAAGAAGAGCAAAAGCAAACUGGCCGAGCUCAAGUCGGAGUUGCAGGAGCUCGAGAGCCAAAUCCUUCUGACAUCGGCCAACACCGCCGUGAAUAGCAACGGACAAGAGUCCAUUACUGCCUGCAUUGAUCCCAAUGGCGGUUUCUUGGUCAGCGGAGCGGUUGGCGGACUGGGCGGCGGAAGUACGGCUCUCGAGGGGGGCGGCCCGGCUUCCGCCAAUGACAAAGUGCUCGCCUCGCUGGAGAAGCAGCUGCAGAUCGAGAUGAAGGUGAAGACCGGGGCGGAAAACAUGAUCCAGUCGCUGGGCAUCGGGUGCGACAAGAAGCUGCUGGCGGAGGCCCAUCAGAUGCUGGCCGAUUCGAAGGCCAAGAUUGAGUUUUUGCGCCUGCGCAUCAUCAAGGUGAAACAGAAUCGCGAGCAGGCGGAUCGACUGAAGGCCUCGCGGCAGAUGAUCGACGAGCACGGUCAGACGAUCGGCGGGAACAACAGCAGCCAACCGCAGAGUUUGGAGACGACGCUGGAGGAGCGGAUCGAGGAACUGCGCCAUCGACUGCGGAUCGAAGCAGCCGUCGUCGAUGGAGCCAAGAAUGUCAUCCGCACGCUGCAAACGGCGAAUCGGGCACCAGACAAAAAGGCGCUGCAAGAGGCCCAUGGACGUUUGUCGGAAUCGUCGCGAAAACUAGAUCUCUUGCGUUACUCCUUGGAGCUGCGUCGCCAGGAGCUGCCCGUCGAUUCGCCCGCCGCUCAGGUAUUAAAAACGGAGCUGCAGAUCGUCCAGCAAUCGACAUCGCCAGCUCCAGUCACCUACACGUCACUGCAGACCGGACAGGGAGGUCUACUGGGUGGAAAGCCCUACCAGUCGGUGUCCUCGCUGGGACGCUGCGCCAGCGUCACCGGAAAACUGGAGGUUCGUCUACUAGGCUGCCAAGAUCUACUGGAAGAUGUGCCCGGCAGAUCACGAAGGGACAAGGACAACAACUCCAGCCCCGGGGACUUGAGGAGCUUCGUCAAGGGCGUCACCUCGCGCAGCAGUUCAAAGAGCUAUUCGGUGAAGGAUGAGACCUCCAUCGAGAUCAUGGCGGCCAUUAAGCUGGACAACAUCACCGUGGGCCAGACAUCGUGGAAGCCAUGCUCGCAGCAGGCCUGGGAUCAGCGCUUCUCCAUCGAUCUAGACCGCUCGCGUGAGCUGGAAAUUGGAGUGUACUGGCGCGACUGGCGAUCUUUGUGUGCGGUGAAGGUGCUGCGUCUGGAGGAGUUCAUCGACGAUGUGCGUCAUGGCAUGGCCCUGCAGCUGGAGCCGCAGGGUCUGCUCUUUGCGGAGGUCAAGUUCUUGAACCCCAUGAUUUCGCAGAAGCCAAAGCUGCGGCGCCAGCGCAUGAUCUUCAACAGGCAGCAGGCGAAGAACAUAUCGCGGGCCAAGCAGAUGAACAUCAAUGUGGCCACCUGGGGUCGUCUGCUCAAGCGAAAUGCUCCGAAUCAUGUGCACAUGGGAUCGGUCGGAUCGGGAUCAUCGAUAACCGGUGCCUCUCCAAUGGUGGUCAGUGGUUCCCGGGACUCGGAGUCGCCGAUUUCGAGGACUCCCUCUUCGGAUGCACUCGUCGAACCGGAACCAUAUACGCCAGGAGAACAGGCCCAGAACCUGGAGUUCGAUCCCGAUGCGGGCAUGCACGAACAUGUGGAGACACCGGGUGAAUAUCCCGAUCCAGCAGCCACUGGUCUGAGUGGAAUGCGUCCCCUUUCCAUGCAUAUGCAGGGCAUCAGUGUCCUGCCCCCAGAUUCGCCACCCGUGGCCACCGGAGCAGCUGGAAGGCCCAACACGCUCAGCUUACAGAUGCCGGGAGCCGGUAAAGGACAGGUGAUCCAAGGCGGUCGCACUGCAGCACCCACAACGGCGCCACCGCCACCACCCGUUCUCAAGUCCUCAUCCACCACGCCGAUCCUGGAUCAGGAGCUGCAGGAUGCCCUGCACGAAUUCGAUUUCCUGUCGGACCUGGACUCGCGUCCCACCACGCUGCGUCGCCUGCUGAAGGAGCAGCACAUGUCGCUGGAUCCGGGUGCGCUGCAGAAUCUGCUGCUGCAACAGCAGCAGACCGAGCAGCAGGCGCUGCAGCAGCGCCAGCGCCAGGAGCAGCUGCGUCUGCAGCAGUUCCAGGAGGCGCAGCGCCAGGCGAUCCUGGAUCUGUGCGAGAAACAGAGAGAGCCAGAGGAACAGCAGCCGCCGCUCCCCAGCUUUGCCCAUCCAACAGCGCCGCCGCCGUUGCCACCGCUUGCCAGCAAUCAGAUCAUGCCAAUCCAAUGCCAAAGCCAAAGCCCAAGCCCAAACCACAACCAAUUUCAGUUGCAGCAGCAGCAGCAGCAGCAGCAGUAUCCACAUCCCGCCCAGAAACCGACGAAUCCCGAGCCACCGUCCGCUGUGGAACAGCAGCUGCACCGUCCGGUCCUGAUCCUGCCGCCUGUGGUGCUGCUGGGCGGCCGGGAGGAGGACCGAUCGGUGCCACCGUCGCCACUGGUCGAGUAUCCCGAGGACGAUGACGAGUACCUGUACCGGGGCAGCAACGAUAACCUGGGCAGCCGGCUGCACUCCAGCCACAGCUCCAGUGCUGGCGAUCGUUUCUGUGUGGAGGCCCGUAUUAGUCUUGUACAUAUUACCCUCGAACCGAUCAAUGCCAGCCGGACGACCAGUUGCCUGAUCGAGGAGGUGGCCGAGCCGGAUUCACAGCCGGAGAUAAAGCCGGUGGCCGAAGUGCAGUCUGGCAAAAAUGUAUCCGAAGCUUGUGUCGAAAGUAUUCUCCUCGAGACGGUUGAAAAGUUAGAAACAGAAGACCCAGUCCAGCAGGUUAUACCACAAAUGGGCAAGCUAUACGUGGGCAGCGGCCAGCAGCAGCAGUAUGGGCAGCAGUCUUCGCCCAUCAUCCAGGAGCCACCCACUCCGACCAUCUACGGAAAUAGCUCGGCCGCCGGUGCUCCGCAAUUCCCGCAAUUCCCGCAGCCCGCUCAAAGGCAGGAGAAGCAGCCAGCGCAGCAGCAGCAGCAGCCCAUCUAUGCCAACCAGUAUGAGCUGAAUGUGGCCAAGGCGGCGGCAGCGGCUUCAGUUUACUCACCCAGCUCCUCCACCAACAGCAACUCCAAUCAGCAACAGCAGCACCAGCAGCAGCAGCAACGUGGCAGAAAUGUGGCCCGUGGCCUGCAGUAUCGAGAGUCCGGAGGACUGGAGUCCGGCAGAGCUGGAAAGCAGCCUCCAAAUGCCGGAAUGCUGUCGAUGGACAACUUCCGUUUGCUGAGCGUCCUGGGUCGCGGACACUUUGGCAAGGUGAUCCUGUCGCAAUUGCGGAGCAACAACCAGUACUACGCCAUCAAGGCGCUGAAAAAGGGCGACAUCAUUGCCCGCGACGAGGUGGAGUCGUUGCUCAGCGAGAAGCGCAUCUUCGAGGUGGCCAACGCCAUGCGCCAUCCCUUCUUAGUCAACUUGUAUUCGUGCUUCCAAACUGAGCAACACGUAUGCUUUGUGAUGGAGUACGCCGCCGGCGGAGAUUUGAUGAUGCACAUCCACACGGACGUGUUCCUCGAGCCGAGAGCCGUUUUCUAUGCCGCCUGUGUGGUACUGGGUCUGCAGUAUCUGCACGAGAACAAGAUCAUCUACCGCGACCUCAAGCUGGACAACCUGCUGUUGGACACAGAUGGCUAUGUGAAGAUCGCGGACUUUGGCCUGUGCAAGGAGGGCAUGGGUUUCGGCGACCGCACGGGCACUUUCUGUGGCACGCCCGAGUUCCUGGCACCCGAAGUGCUCACGGAAACUUCGUAUACACGAGCUGUGGACUGGUGGGGUCUGGGUGUGUUGAUUUUCGAGAUGUUGGUCGGAGAGUCCCCAUUCCCUGGCGACGAUGAGGAAGAAGUUUUCGAUUCAAUUGUCAACGAUGAGGUGCGCUAUCCGCGUUUCCUUUCACUCGAGGCCAUAGCCGUGAUGCGUAGGCUACUGCGCAAGAAUCCAGAGAGACGUCUGGGAUCCUCGGAACGCGACGCGGAGGAUGUUAAGAAGCAGGCAUUCUUCCGGUCGAUUGUGUGGGAUGAUCUGCUCCUGCGAAAGGUCAAACCACCAUUCGUGCCCACCAUUAACCACCUGGAGGAUGUCUCCAACUUUGACGAGGAGUUCACGUCGGAGAAGGCGCAGCUAACGCCGCCAAAGGAGCCACGCCACCUGUCCGAGGACGAGCAGGUGCUCUUCCAGGACUUUUCAUACACGGCGGAAUGGUGUUAGGCACUUGUGGUUAGUUCAAGGGAUCACCAAUGGGCCUAGCCCGAUCGUUAUAGCCUUUGCCUUUUGCUUUUACUUGUGUGCGACGUUGGUUUCGAGUAAUUCUACUUGGUUAAGUCGAUGUGAGUUCAAUAUUUAUAGUAGAAGGCAUCAUGAUGAUGCAGAUACAGGACAUAUAUAUUUAUAAUCUAUACCUAUAUAGAGAAUAGAUCUAUUAAUGAGAGUACUUUUGAGUGUUGCUCACUGGCCGAAAGACCAAUAUAAACCAAAUUACCUAGUUGUCCACUUUGUGGCAAAGCAAGCGAGCGCAUUUGUCAAUCAUCAAUCCAGCCAAAUUCAAGUCCCACAUUAUCGUAACAUUGUACAGCAAACAGAGCCGUUUCCUUUUCCUAAUACGCGAACGCAUUGAAUAGUCUGACAAACCCUAGGAAAGCCUUAAAAGCAAAGUUGUAGUUUUGGACAGUUUUUUGUAAGACCGGAUCUAAAUAUUUUGUAUAGAUCAGAAGCAUGUUUACACCCCAAAGCAAUCAUUGCAACAUAUUUUCAUAAUCGACAUACAAGAACAAAUGAUAUAUUUUAUACAUAUAUUGCAUGCACAUCCCAGGAAUAGUCUUGCUAAACGAGCUCAUCUACUAUACCACAUAUACAUCUAGUAAAGUGAGAGAAAAUUAAAAUAUUUACAGUUUUAACAUGUAAGAUCUGUAAAUUGCCUUGCGGAUUUUAUCAACUCCCCAGCCCAUUGCCCGAGUUGUGUUAUAAUUUUAACAUAUUUUUUACGUCACAUACACACACGCAAACAUUUGUUAUUUAUUAUUAUUAUACCUAUUAUACGAGAAACUGUAUUGCUUUGAGCAUUUUUAUUCGACGUUAGAUUGAUUGAUUGUAAAUGAUUUGUUUUGUAUGCGCGGUACGCUUUAAACCAGAUACAGAUGCGAGGAUCGAAAACAAAAUACCGCUUAACGGGUUUAGUUUUGAGAUUCGAAGCUCCGGUUGGCUGACGGCAUACAAUCGGAUUGUUGUAAUCUUAAUGCUAAUCUAUGCUAUUUUUAAUGUAAUUUUUUAGUUUUAUUUAAGCUUGUAAUAAUCGAUUAUUGAAACUUACUUUAAGCUAUCAUUAUGUGAAGAUAAUUAUUGAUAAUUACGAUUAUGAUAACGAUUGUGCACCCCUCAUGCGAAUCGACACGAGUAUAAACCAUACAGAUCUUCUGUUGUCAUUUUAUUAUGAUUAUGCCCACAACUUGGGGUUAUUAUUGUCGAUUUAAUUUUAAAUCUGUCAACUUGGAUUGGUCCGUGUCCAGUCACUUUGUUUAGCUUCAAGUUGUGACCGUAAUUUAUAUUUAUAUGAUUUUGAAUAAAUGUAUCUAUCACUAUUA